UAAGAUCGGUAUUAAACUAAAAUGGUGCAGUUUUAAGCGUGACUACCAGAAACUGAUGUGUCUUCUUCGUGAUUAAGUUUUGGUUUCCCACUUCCGGAAGUCACUGGAAAGAGGAAGUUGAGAGACUACCCCGGACAGAUUCAUGUUGCCCACUCCUUAAGGAGGGAGGGAGUUGAGAAAGUCUCGUGGUUUCACAGUACACAGCUCAGAAGGUAGUAGGAAGUAUGGCUAAUCUUAGGAGAUUAUGGAGCUUUCUCUAUGGAAUUAUCCUUUGGUCGUGUAUGUUACGCGCCUUUUUUGUGAGUGGUCGACUAAUAAGAAAAGGCGAAGCCAGAACAAACUCGACCUUGCAAGAAUUCGAGCGAGGAAUGGACAUGUUGGAACAAUGCAAAACCUUGAAUUGCUCGUUCGCCAUCGAUGGAGACGAAUGCGAAAAAUUCAAGGAAUCGGUAUACACAGAAAAAGUACUGGCUAUUUUCAUUACCGUAAACGUCACAAAUUCGACGAAUAACGAAGAAACCGCAGGAAAGGUCUUGGGGGAGAGUGGAGGCAAUGGAAUGGAGAACGAUCAGGUGAAGCAAAAGUGGGUAUGGCUGCGAGACGCGCGUGGAAAGUUUCUUGUCACUCUACCUUACGACUUCGAUAUUCUUUCCCUCUCCACUUUGAAAAAGGAUGUGCCAAGUAUAACUAUGAAAUUUACUACGACGCCUCAAUACUGCUUUGCAAACAUGUCUAAAACUUGUCGACGCAGUUUUAUUGCGACAGCCAUCUUUAAUUGUCUUGGAGACACUUAUGGUAACCUCUGUGUGAGACCACAAGAACAUGAAGAAUAUAAAGAAUAUCGCUGUUGUAAUAAAAAAGACAAUGAUUAUGUUUGUGAUGAACCCAUAAAAGAGAAUCAGUGGAUUGAAAUUGCUAUCAGGUUUCUCUGGGCUUGCUCAAUUGGAUUUGGCCUGUUUGCACCUCUUUUGUUAAAGUAUUUUCCAAAAGAGUUUAAAAAGAGACCUAAAAUAAGGCCAGCGAGGUCAUUGUUAAGUAGAAGUGAAUCAGUGUAUACAGAUAAUGAAACCCUAUCCGUGGACACAACAACAUUGGGUGAGCGUCCACUGAUGUUCGCUCUUGACGAUGGAAUGUUAGAUUUACUACGCACUAAAACGGAGUCAGUGGUUUUCUCAAGAUUGAGUCGUUGUCUUUUUGUCAUCUUGCUGAGUUCUCUGCCUUUGCUACAAGGUUUUAUAUACACGCACUUAAAGAAGGAGGAUGGGGGAGCUACCACUGGAAAAUUUCUUGGUGUUGGAGAUGCAUUUAUCACUUUGAUGGAACCAGAUGGACUAAUUGCACUGAGUGCUGCAUAUGGUUUUUGCAUCAUGGUAACAUGCAUUGCAGUUGCAAUCCCUAGAACCUUGUCUGAUUGUGCAAGGCGGCUCUCUGGGAGGAGAGAUGAGCGCACAUUCCUUGGAUUCAAGAAACCUGAUGAGAUCAUUGGUAUCUCAGACAAGAGAGGGUUCCAGCUGAUGUAUGAGAACAUGGUCUUUCAUCUAUACUGUCUACUUAAAUUAAAAUUUUGGAAGUUUGUGCUCCUGGUGAUGAUCUAUCCCUUACUAAAACUCUGCAACAUUGAUGUCUUUGAUGAAGACCUUGCAGAGUCAGAUGAAAAUGUUGAACAAUCAGAUGAGGAAGAAAACUGUCAACUGUGCUCCAAAAUUUGUAAGGUAGUGCUAACACUGCUCUUGUUUCCAUUUUGGGCAGUCCUUAUCACCACAGCUUUCUUCCUGUACAUUUUUCCAGUUACUUAUGUUGGUUUUCGCAUCUGGAAAAUGCUGUUCCGAAUUGAAAUAGAAUCGCCAUGCUGCCAGUACAUCCCUGCAUGUGUGAGAAUAACAACUUUUCCAGUUUUGUACAUCCUGUUUAUAGUGUUUUGCAUGUGUGUGGAAGCAUCUUAUUACAUGUUAGCAGUCGUCCUGACAUUCAACAUCAUGGUUCUGGGAAGCGUUAUUGGAUUUACAAUAAUUGGAUUUCUCUUUAACAUUGAAUUUUAUUUCCCUUACAUUGUUCUCAGCUUGUGGGUUAUUGUAUACAUUCUCAGAGGAACACACAAAUAUUACACUCAAUUUACCAACCUUAAGACUAUUGUUUUUGAAGAGUGUGAAAAAUUUGACGAAGAGACUAGGAAGGAAGCCAGCAUCCGUGAAACUUUUAGUGGUGCACCUCCCGAGAGAAGAUCCCCGUCACUUUCUUCCCCUCCAAGGAACAAGUCAACUUCAGCAGACUUCCUUAUCACAUUUGAUGGUUAUGGUGUUCCCAGCAUCCCACUGGAUAUUUUCCUCGCAUCCUCUCGUAAACUAAUGCCUUUCAAGCGUAUUAUACUGGCCAAAAUUUUUAAGGUGAUCGCACUGGGAAGUUACCUUGUAGUGAUAUUCUUGUUUGUGAUGUCACUGAUGGAAUUUAAAGCUGUGAAUUCCAUAGUUCAAGGACUGGCACUGUUAUUUCUUGGUGGACUGCCCCUGUUGACUCAGCAAAGCCCACAUCACAAAAUAGAGGCUGAAGAAAUCAGAGCAAGGUUUUAUGUCAGGGAUUUCAUGAAACAGUACACAAAGAGGGAUUUGUAAGUUUUCCUUACGUAAUUUGCAGUAGAGCAACUUUUGAUUGUUUUAAUGAACACCAAGAUUUAAAUAUCAAUUUUCUGUUCUGUUUCCAAACUUUUUUUAUUGCCUGUUAAUUCUGAGAAUUGGCUGGAAAAUUAAAUACUAAAAAUUCUCACCUAGUUGAUAUUUCUCUUUCUUCUCAUCACCUUUCCACUUGAAAAUGGCCUCCUAGUAUUAUCAGGAGAAAUUCCAUUUUUGUCACCCCAGGAGGGUGACAAAGUUAAAUAAGUAGUAAGUAAUGUGAUA